UGCAUCAUUUGCACGAGGCGAAAGAAUUGAUUCAAUAACAUUAGCCAACCACAGUAUCGAGUGAUCGUGUGUGAAUUGAUGUAUGAGUAGUCAAUAACCCAAUGAUAUGGGUGAAUCCUUUACAUCAUCAUGUCUUAUGUCAAGGUGAAUACCAGUUCUAUGGAUUUGACGAAUUCAAGCAGUUUAGGGAUGUUGGCAAAUUCAUCUGUGCCGUCUAGUAGUAUGCCAUUGCCAGAAGCAACCAAAACCUGGUCAGAUGGUGUCGAUAUUGGUGUUCCUGUGGUUAUGAUCAUACUGUUCGUUCUCAUCCAGUUAAUUGUUGUCUUCGUAAAAACUAGGAAGUCGCAUCUGCCAUUACAUGUACCUGUACGACUACAUGUUUCUGCAAAAAGUGAUUUUGAGGAAAAAUCUGACCAACAAGAAAAAAAGGUAACUAUAAGUCCUGAUAAAGAUGAAAUCUUCGGGGAAGAUCCUGCCAAGGAUGGCUCGGAUGAAAGAACAAUUGAAACUGCAGGUGAUGUUGAUCGUAUGCGCCAGCAUGCUAAGGAACAGGCCAAGAAAUCUCGAAAAAGUCGUCAGCUAAGUUUAAAGUCGAUAACAUCAAUGGUGUCAAGGACCUCAUCUCAGUUUGAAUACAGUGAAUUGGAAGAGCAGAAUGGAGAUGAAGAUGGGGGCAUGGAUAAUCAGCUGGUUGUAGAGGUGGACGAUGAUAGCGAUGCAGAGGUUGAUACCACUGGUACGGAGAGUGAACAGAUUGCAGAUGGUGCUCCAUGCCAGGACAGUUCAGUGAUCACGGUUACGGUGGAGCAUCAUUCUCCCCCGAAACAUUUGCUUGUUGAUGUCGAGGCGGGGGCCUGCAAUCGGUCCACACAGGAUUGUCCCUCUGUAAAUUCACAAUUAUGAUUGUUUCAUUUGAGAACUACUUGCGUGUAAAUUAGUGAGUUUGGAAGGAUGCUGUAAUAAUUUGUUUUGUUCUGCAACAAUUAUCUUUAUGGAGGGUUGCGCAAAAACUAUUUGGAGCAGAAACAGCAUUGCCUUGAUAAACUUUUGUGAUGUCUUGUGGCCUUAUUAUCAAUAUCAUUAUGAUGUCUUCAGUAUUGUUACAUAUCAGAGUAACAAUGUCUCAAAUUGCUUCUUGGUAUAGCGUAAAAUGAUUUGGCCCUGGAGAAUCAAUUUUCCAACUUGAUAAUAUAAGGCCUAACUCUCAAAUUACGGAGCUGUCUUGUCCUGGGAAAGGGGUCAGUUUUGCAUUAUUAUAAUGUUGGAAAUUUGCGUUCCUUGACUUUGAGUGUUCAACAAAAUAAAGUCCAGUUCAUAUCUGGUAAUUAUGUUCUUCAAGCAUGUUUUUCAUCAUGCACCACCCGAAAUUUAGUGCAUUUGAUGUCAUAUUAUCGUCCUAUCCUUGUUACCAGAUGGAUACAAAAUCAUUCACUAAACUUCUGGCUGAUGAGGGCAUCUUUUGCCUUCUCUUUCGCUGAUGCGCACAUUUUUCUGGGCCACCACAGACCUUCCCAGGAAAGGCCACUCCGUAGUUGGAAGGCUUGGCUUUAAUGCACAUGGUUCUUGGUGUUUUGAUGUUGGGGAAAUUCAAUUAUUCAUUUGGCAGAUUUAGAAAGAUUCUGCUGCAUUGAGUCAAUGUUAUAACUGCUGACAAUUUUCUACCCAUUCUAUCUCAGGUUUUAGCCCAUCACUGCCUCAAUUUAGAUGGAGUAAGGCAUGGUACACAUCUUGUCAGCAGAUAUGUGAUGUGAAAGUUAUCACUGAAUUUCUUGAAUUGAAAUGUGGUAUAUUUCAGGUAUGGCUUUAGGGAAUAAUGUCAAACUAGCUGUUGUUUGAAGAGACUAGCACUUAGUUCCAAUAGUGUUCUGCACUUAGGCUCAAAAUAGCUCGGAAAGUGUGUUAUGACGGCAAAAUUAUAUCAAGAUCCCGACAAAUUUGACAUAAUCUCAGUUGCCUUUAACGCAGAAUACAGUAAACCAUGUAAGGUUCACAAAGCUUAAGUUCACGAAUUUGCUUAUAAUAUUAAUUUGACAGUGGACUGAUUUCUCUGUUUCUCCCAUAUGGUUAUGCAUUCAGCAUGUUCAGUGAAGCUGAAAUUUGGGCGAGUUUAAAAAAUGCUUUCCAAAUUGUGAGAAAAUUCAACCGUCUCUAUCAUUACCAGGUCUACGUUAGAUUAUCUGUAAUCUGUUCCCAGAAUUUAGGCAUUUUCACCACCCAUAAUCUGACAGAAAAUAAUUGAGAUACACUCUUCAAAAUUCUUCAAAACCUUCGUCUUUACCCCCAGUUUCAAUAAAACAGCAGUUGGGGCAUAUUUGGAGUACUUUCAAAAAAAUUUGAAAGAAGUGGUAAUUUUGGCAGAUUUUCGCCCAAAAUCAGGUGUGGCAAACCCCACCCCACUCUCUCAGUCAAAAGGGCAGGAUGUUGGCCAUAGGCCCUUUGCCAGAUACGCCGGGAGGCAUUGUCUGGCAUCAUUGACCAUGAAGAUCUAUUGUAAAGAUGGUUUGUUGGUCCGACCAAAAUAAUUGAGGUGGUACCGGCUCAUCUGGAAAAUGGCCUAUUGCUUUGUUAGUUGUUAAUUUCGUGGAUUUUACAAUCGAGUUUUUUUCAAACUUCAAUCUGUGAGAAUCGGUUUUCUCACUUCUUUUCACCAUACUAGAAAUUGAAACUUUGAAAUACACAAAGCGAUGCUGAUGUCAUUGAUGUGAGAAGUCUGGUCAUAUUUCAAAAAUAAAUUGAAAUUAAUGAUAGCCUCACUUGCAUUGGCCGCCAAAAUUUAACUGUAAUGCAAGACACUUCGAUGAUAAAUGGCCAAAAACCCAUGUGCCACUAAUAUGUACACUUCAUUGUAUUUACUGUGCCCUAAGCUUUUUGCCAGGGUUUGGUUUAAGGAAUUGAUAUCAAACUGGAGGUAGCUCCACCCGAGUGGAUUGGGUGAGACAAUCAAUACCGACAGUGAGGUAUCAAUUUCUAUUCUAAAACAUCUCAAAAUAAAUAUCAAAUAAUGUGGUUUUAAAUGCUUUUGAAAUGGUUUCACAUAUUGCACCAACCCAAUCGGUUUGGGUUGUCUCACCCAAACCUGUGUCGUGAAAACGAGGCUGUAUACAUUAUUCAUUAUGAAAGUGAAAUAUUCUCAUUCAGGUGUUUUAGAAUUUUCAACCAAAUGAGUUUGGUGCAGAUAGAUUUUAAUGUUUAUUGAAAUGCACUUUUCAGUAUUGAAGUUUUGAUUCAGAAAUGAUGGAUAUUAUCUGCUAACAUUGGGCUAAAUUACACUUGUAUCGAAUGUAUUGUGUUUGUUUGUUUGUUUUGGGAAAAAAACUGAAUUCGAAUGAGAUACAAAUGAAGAAUUCUGUCGCAAAAUGAGGUACAGUAGAACCUCUCUAUUAAGGACACCCUUGGGAUUGACAAGUGCUGUCCUUAAUAGAGAGGUGUCCUGAUUAGAGAGGUCAAAUUGAAUUGAAACAACCACUUUGGGAACAAAAGUAGUGUCCUUAAUAGAGAGGUUGUCCUUAAUAGAGAGGUGUCCGCUAGGGGAGGUUUCACUGUACAUGUAUAUUAUUGAGAAAAACAGAUUCAAAAUUUUGAAUUUAACUGAAAAUACUUCAAAUUUUUUUGAAACAUUUUGUCCAAGGUUUUAAUAGUGUUAGCUUCUAUAUACUAAAAUUUGGAGGACAGUUAAGCCUUUAUAGUCCUGAUAUGGUUUACUCCAACAUGUUGGAUAGUGGUGCAUAUCUCGUUCUGUUAUGAAUAUCUUCUGAUGAAACUCCAUCAAAUUUGAAGUAAGGUACAAAUUUUAAUCUACAAGAUUAAUCAUGUUCACAUUUUGUGCCUAAAAUUGUAAUACAAGAGAUUGUAUAUCAACACUCUUCUAUACGCAAAGAGUGAUAUUGUAUAUUUUAUUAUACUCUACCCCUGAUUUCAAAAGUCAGUUUUAUAUUCAUGAAUUCCGACCUUUUUAGCUCACCUCUUAGCAGAGGUGAGCUUAUCCCAUACCGUGGCGUCCGUCGUCCGUCGUCGUCGUCGUCGUCGUCGUCGUCGUCCGUCGUCCGUUAGCAGGGCACGUUUCGUAACUGUUAGAGCUAUUGAGUUGAAACUUGGUACACAUGUACCCUUAUGUAAUGACACCUUGGAGACCAAGUUUCGGUCCGAUUCGUUUCAUGGUUUGGCCACCAGGGGGCCAAACGUUAAAAGUGAAAAUAUGCAAUAUCUCCCUCAAUAGUAGUUGGGAAAUUUUGAAAAAAAUAUGGUAGGUACUUCUAGCAAAGGUGCAUCAUAUAUCCUCCGGGUUUUUGAUUUGACCUCCUUUUCAAGGUCACAGAGGUCAAAUGGUGUAAAUUGGCCGUUAGGAUGUAACGAUGGCACGUUUCUAAACUGCAAUGACUAUUGAUACCAAAUUUGGUACACAUUUACCCCUUAGUCAGGUGAUCUCAGGGACCGAAGUUUGGUCCAAUAUGAUUCACCACUUGACCACCAGGGGGCAAAAUCCAAAAACCUUAAAAAUGUGAUUAUUCCUUAACUUCUUGCCCGAUUGCCACCAAUUUGAUAUCAUGGGUACAUCUAACCACCAUACAGUAUAUGUCACGCAGGUUUUCAAUUUGACCGUCUUGUCAAGGUCACAGAGGUCAAAUGACGUAAAUUCGCCGUCAGGCCGUAACUAUGGCACGUUUGUUAACUGCAAUGACUAUUGAUCACAAAUUAAGUACACAUGUACCCCUUGGUCAGGUGAUCUCAGGUACCGAAGUUUGGUGCGAUCUGAUUUGCCGUUUGGCCUCCAGGGAGGGGGCCAAAUCCUAAAUUCAUCAAAAUGCCAUUAUUCCUAGUAAUGACUUGCCCGAUUGGCACCAAUUUUAUAUCAUAGGUACAUCUAAUUCUAACAACCAUUCAAUGUGUCACCCGGGUCUUCUUUGAUUUGACCUACUUUCCAAGGUCACAGAGGUCGAAUGUACUGUAAAUUGGCCAUUUUGGGGAAAUUGUAAUUGCUUGGACCAACAUCAAACCUAACACUACAUGACACAAUACCAUGCUCUUUAUCCAUCUUUCCUCCACAUGAGGUGAGCACAAUGGCCCUGGCCAUUUCAUUGUUCAACAAUCUCGUGAUAUGCAUGAAUUAUUUGAGUUGUCUAUCUUUCUUUGACUGGUAAACCCAUAUCAAAUUCCACAUGGUAGAAAAAGGCCAUAACUUAUGAAUGCGAGACUGACCUUUUGAGGUAGUGGACUGAGUAUUUGUAUCCAGCACAUCGUGCUUCCUAUUGUAAAUUGCUGGACUGUGUCAUGUUCUUGGUUAUGGGUUAUUGUUUUUGUUCAGUUGACUGCCUUGUGUGUGCGUGCAUGUUUGUAGCUCAAUAGUGCAAUGUGUAAAGGUAUCAGCCAUAACAACAGAAAGUUUGAUGAGAGGCUCCACACAAGACCUAUAACUGACGUUCAUCACUUGCAUAAAGCUGUACAUUGAUGCCUUGCUCCAUACAAGUGCACACACUACAGCAUAUUCUGACUGUCAGAUGCUGUUCUGCUGUGGAGCCUCUCAUCAUUCUUCUCAUUGAUUUGAUGAUUCGAAAACACAUCGGACUAGAAUUAUGAAGGAUAUUGAGAGGUAAAAUGAAUCCCCUGCAACCCACUGUCCACUGAAGCUUUGGGAUGACCCCGUCAUACCUCUGCUAGUUUGUUUGUAUUCAGAAUUUGGCAGGUACCUGUACUUAAAUAACAGUGGAAUGCCUUUUAUUGCUUGAUGAGUGAUUUCUAACAGGACCAAAUGCUGGGUGUGUCUAAUACUCUAUAGCUUGAAAUUUAAGAGUGCCUUUUUUUUCCAGUUUUUUGUGUUCACAGAUAAUCUUGAAAAUAAAUGGUCGUGAAAAAGACCAAUUUAAAGGUAACUGUUGCGGGGUCAAAAUGAAAAAUCAAAGUUCACAAAGAUUGCAAUUUUAACAAAGCCGCAAAAUGAAAUGGUUGCAAAUAAUUCUGGGUCACCGUAGGGGAGUCUAUACAACACCGCAGCGUCCGUCGUCGUCUGUAUCCAGUUUCAAAAACAGUGGCACGUUUCUUAUAUGCUAGGGCUAUGAACUUGAAACUUUGUACACAUAACCCCUAGGUCAGGUGACCUCUGACACGGAAUUUCGGGCCAAUUUGAUUGUUGACUUGGCCACCAGGGGGCCAGAAGUGGAAACCUAAAAAGUGUGAUAUCUCUCUUAUGAGUGACUCGUAUUCGAUAAAAUUUUUAUGGUAGGUUCUCCUAGCAAGGAUACAUCACAUAUCAUACGGGUUUUUGAUUAGACCUAAUUUUCAAGGUCUCCAAGGUCAAAUGGCGUAAAUUGGCCGUUUUGAGUGUAACUGUGGCACGUUUCUUAAACGCUUAAGUUAUGAACUUGAAAUUUGGUACACAUGUCUCCUUACAUCAUAUAACCGCUGACACCGAAUUUCGGUCUGAUCUGAUUCUCGACUUGGCCACCAGGGGGCAAAAACUAAAAAAGGUAAAAAGUGCAAUAUAUUGCUUAUUAGUGACUUGUUUUCGAUAUUAUAUUUAUGGUAGGUUCUCCCAGCAAGGAUACAUCACAUAUCCUACGGGUUUUUUAUUUGACCUAAUUUUCAAGGUCACAGAGGUCAAAUGGUGUAAAUUGGACGUUUGAAUGUAACUAUGGCACGUUUCUUAACCAUUAAAGCUAUGAACUUGAAACUUGGUACACAUGACUCCCUAUCACAUGUUACCUCUGACAUCGAAUUUUGAUCCGAUCUGAUUCUCGAUUGGCCACCAGGAGACCAAAACUAAAAAGGGUAAAAAGGGCAAUAUCUUGCUUAUUACUAUUAGUGACUUUUUUUCGAUGAUUCUUAUUGUAGGUACUCCAAGCAAGCAUACAUCACAUGUCAUACCGUCUUUGGUUUGACCUAUAUACUAUACAUGUAGCAUGUUUCUUAACCAGGAUGAAUUCCUAACCACCAAAUAUCUAUGCGGUGAGUACAAUGGCCCCUGGCCGUUUCAUUUUUCUAUAUUCACAAAGUGGUCUGCUCUGUAAUGCGCACGUUAGAAUUAUGCAAAUUCUGACUCGUGGAGCUUUGAAAAGUUCAUUUGUGAGACUGUCAAAAUUGUUCUAGCAUGAAGCUCAGUAACAAGUUGUUUUUUUUGCUCAAUAACUCCAAAGGUACAGUUUUACUUUUAUAAUCAUGUACAUGUACCUGUCCUCUAAACUGUCAUUUUAUACUAAGAUUAGAUCUUAAGAAUAUUUGGAGAAAAAAAGUUUGGGUUCACUCAUCAUGCCCAUAUGCUGACCUUGGCACACAAAGUCAUUUUAAAGUUGAUGAGAAAAAUGUGAGGGGUAGUUUUUGUAACCUCAAUGACGAUGGGUCACACAACAAGCAAUAUGGGGAAAUCUGAUGGUGUGGUCUCAUUUUUGCUGUUCAAAAGUUAAUUUCAUGGGUUCUUACUCUCGAGUAUGAUGGAGGUUUGCAAUCACGAGCAGUGCUCACGGAAUGAAUUUUGUGGAAACAUUGUUGGGCAGAAGAAUCAUCUACCAAGUGGGCUUUGGGACCUGUCAUAUUUCAUGGUGUCAGUCCCUCCAUCUGUCAAAGUGGGUGCAUGUUUUGUAACUGUAAGACCUAGGCACUUCAAAUCUGGCCGUGAGGAAGAAUAGCCAAGGAAAUGCUCCUGAAAGAAAAUUCAUCACGGUUUGACUUAAAUUCUUCUCACCAAGGGGCAAAAGGGGUAAGUUACAAAGACUUUGUUGACGCUUUAUUGUCCCCCCUUGCUCAUCGGAGCAAAAGGGGGACAUGAAAAUACCCUUCGUCCUUCAGUACGUCCGGCCACUUGUUAGCACAAUAUCUGGAGAGUCCGCGACGUAUCAAAGCCAAAUUUUGCGUGGAGGUAAAAGUAUAGUAAGAACCCUGUCAAAAGUACGUCACCACGUCAAAAUCCAAGAUGACUGCGGCCUUACGUGUUGAAAUCUUGCGAGUGCACUGGUGAGCGCAAUAUCUGGAGAAGUCCGCGACGUAUGAAAGCCAAAUUUUGUGUGUUGGUGCAUAUAGGCAUUUGUAAGAACCCUAUUGAAAGGUAGGUCACGGUCAAAAUCCAAGAUGGCUACCACCUUACCUGUCGCAUAAUCUUGUGCGUCACAUAAUCUUGUGAGUUCCCCUUUAGCGACGGGGAAUCUGGGCUUAACGCUUUUUCUAAUAGAUACGUGUAUUGGCUUGAAAUUUAGUUAAUUUAAUUUAGAGGAAGUCUGCAUGCAAGUAGGUUUUGGUAUUGGAAUUGUUUUGAUUGAUACUAACAGUUGGUGUUACUGAGCAAAAAUCUGCGGUGACCUAGUUUUAACUUGUUUUGGAUUUCCCGCUCUUGUUACUCCGAAGCACUAGGGCAAAAAAAAAUUUCUUUGCUUUUUCACUUGUAUAUUUUCAUUUUCUUUAUUAUAAUUUUUUAAUUUGGAAAUCAUAUUUUGCCAUUUUAAGCCUUUGGCUGCAGCUAGAGUGACUAAAUGGUUGGUGUAUCUACUAAGUCUCCAUUGCAUAUCAUCCAGGUUUUUGAUUUGACCUACUCUUCCUGGUCAUAGGACUCAAGCUCUUAAAAUUUGCUAAUAUUAUAAUAAGUGGCACGUUUUGUCAUUAUUUGUCCAAAUGUGUGAUAUUGGCAUAUCAAUAUGUUUAUAAAUAUUGCACUCACAAAUGCACUCUCGAGAUUUCAACAUGCAAGGUGGUAGCCAUCUUGGAUAUUGACGCAGUUACCUAAUUUUCGAUACGGUUCUUACUGAUGUCUCAAUGUACCCACCAACCUAAUUUGGCUUUCCUACCAUGUACUUUCCAUGUUUUGUACAUUGUACCCGUGUAUUUCAGCUGAGCACCAGGCCCUUGCCCUCUUGUUUCAACAAUCUGUGUUUACAUCGAAUAUUAAUUUUUCUGUUGUCUGCUUAUGGAAAGAAAAGAAAAUUACGCACAUGCCGCAAUAAAGCUGUAAUCAAGUGAGAUGGCUCUAGGAAUGUUACAGGGGGUGUCACAUGACCAACGUUUCGGCAUACAAUUUACAGGCGGUGAAAAUUAAUCUUCUCAUUUCAGAUAAGUGUGGCACAAAUCACUAAGCUAGAUUUGGCCUGUUGAACAUAUCAUGUACAUGUACAACAGGGCCUGCAAUAGGAUAUAGCAUAUGACUCAAUGAUGCAUCAAUUGUUUUGAUACUGACUGAGGUACGCUAAGGGCAUUGUUUUGCUCAUACGACCUUCACUUGAUGUUGAUUUAACUCCAUACUUAGAUGUAAAUCUUAAACUGCCCAAAGUUUUCAUUCGUCACUUGAUACGGUACAUGUAACUGUAGAAUUUUGCAAAUUAUCAUGACUUGGCUCUUUCUGAUCAUAGACAUUUUUGUUGUCUUCACAUUUUUUUGCCAAAAGGUUUUUACAAAAAGAAAUGAGAAAAACUGCAUUUGAUCUUCAUGUAAGUAACCUAGAGUAAACAUGAUUAUGAUUGGCGAUUGAUCACAACUCGCUAAUUGCGAAUAAUAAUAAUUUCUAUUUCUAAUAAUAGGAACAGCAGGCCACUCUUGAGGCAUCAUUCCUCAGCCAAUUUAUGUCUAUUCAAAUUUCCAACCCAAGGCAAAAAAACCACAAACUUUUUAUCAAGUGAUCUUUUGCCAGUGUAACAGUUUUUAUUGUUCCCCAUAUCUAAGUGUUUCCAUCCAAUUAACAGGUAGGGAAAUCAUGGGCCAUAUGAAUAAAGACUAGCAAAUGCUUUUAUCUAAAACUCCAUGUACAUUUACACUUGGCCUUUCUCUACAAAAUUGAAGUAAAAGCAUUUGCUAGUCUUUAUUCAUAUCACCCCACCUGUUUUCAGUCGGUGGAAACAGAAACAAAUGUUAAUCUGUCUGUCGGUGUUCCCAAACACUGAUGAGAAGGACUCGGAAACGAAAACACUCGAGAACGUUACACCUGUAUUCUGUUUGUAUUUCAUAUGGAAUCCUCAACGGACUGAUUUGGGAUAUGGUGAAAGUACCAGGAUGAUUGUUAAUGAGUUAAAUAAGGUAACAUUAUCAGUUGGUGUGUGUGUUUGUGGUUGAUUAUUUGAUGCAGGCAUUUGUUACUUGAAAGGGGACUGGUUUCACCAUUUCAACACCCAACUGGGCCCAGCCGUCAUCAAUGUUGCAUGUCAUCUCAUAAUGAAAAUCCUCAGCGGUAAUGGUGUAAAUUUUAUAAAGCAGUUGAUUUGAACUAUUGGUAAUUGCCUAACCACAAUAGGGCAAGUUCUCGAAGGUCAAUUCACUGGAGCCUGAAGUCUUGUCAAUAAUAGAAAUUUGAUUUAAUUAAGUACUGGUAAUCCAGAUGAACAGAAAUAACCAUAAAAUACACUGCGACGUCACAAUCUGUUGUGCUACAAUGUUUGAUUAUGUCAUAGAAGAUAAUGGCGUUGGCACUAUCUGUAAAAGAGACUGUAUGCAGAGUGAUGUCUUCCUGUCAUUGGCAAUUUUGCCGGUGACACUGGUGGGAUAAUGAUUCUUUGCUGUGAGUCAUAAAUAAUAGAUUUUAUGACUCGCAGUCGUAAAAAAAUAGAUUGAAUCAAUCUAUUAUUUUAUUACUCACAGCAAAGAAUCGAUUAGGUGUUUUCUUGGAAUUUUGAUCCUAGUGUUGUCGUGUUUUACUGACAAAACUUCAAGUGCCUUGUGGUCAAGUCUUCCUCUCAGUCUUGAACUGUUUGUCAUGUUUAUGCAAAUGUGUUUCCUGUAGAUGUUGUCAUAUUUUCUAUCAGGUAGCCAUCAGUUAUCAGUAUUUUUAUAGUAUAUCAGAUCUGAUGGAAACUCAUCUGAGUGAUCUUUCACAAGAAGGGUCAUCCAAACCUUUGCAUUUAUGACAAUUUUAUCCUGAAUUUUAAGAGCAUAUAUAUUCACAAAUCGGUCAAAUAAAGAUUUUUAUGAUAAA